AAGAAUUCUGAUUUGUAGAAGGACGCAUGGAAUUCUUUAUAGUUGCAAUUAUUAUUUUUUCUUCAUUUUUCGUUGUGGCAAUUAUUUUUAGUUGUAUCUGUCGAUUUUAUGGCGGCCCUGCAUAUGGCGGUAGGUCCGGCCAUGGUGGUGGUAGUGGACCUCAUCGUUUCGGGGAAGGUGGAGAUCAAGUAGGCAUAGAUAUCGGUGGAGGUGAUGAUUGGGGUAGUGGAGGAGGCUAUAUGGGAGGAGGUUAUGAUGGAGGAGGUGGAGGUGGUGGUUUUGGUGGUGGAGGUGGUUGUGGUGGUGGUGGUGGUGGAGGUGGAGGAGGCGGUGGUGACGGUGGUGGCGGCGGAGGUGGAGGUGGCGGUGGCGGCGGCUGUUGAUGCACUAAUCAUUUUCGAAUUAUUAUUUUGGGACGUCUACAAACCAUUAAAAGAACACAAAAUAUUUGACUAUUUCUUUUGUUUGUAAAAUUUCUUUUUUGAUUAUAUUCUUUUAUUAAGAAAAAUUGUAUUUGUACUAAAGGAAUUGUGAAUUU